GUAAAAUUUCCUUAGAAGUUUCUGUGGAAAAAAUUAUAAUUUCCUAUAACCUAUAAGGCAUGUUUUUUAUAGUUUUAUACGGAUCAAUAUUAUCAACAUCUAUACUAUAAAGAGGGGAAUUCCCCUUUGCAUUUUCCUGCUAAAUGUUUUCAAUCACAAAAGUUAAGUGUUCAACAUGAAUAGAAUGGUAAGGGGUAGGGUUGAGCUGAAGAGAAUAGAGAACAAAAUCAAUAGGCAAGUGACCUUUGCUAAGAGAAGAAAUGGGUUGCUGAAAAAAGCUUAUGAACUCUCUGUUCUUUGUGAAGCUGAAGUUGCUCUCAUCAUCUUCUCCAAUAGAGGAAAGCUCUAUGAGUUCUGCAGUAGCUCUAGUAUGCUCAACACAUUAGAGAAGUAUCAGAAGUGCAACUAUGGAGCACCAGACACAAAUAUAUCCACAAGGGAGGCUUUGGAGAUUAGUAGCCAGCAAGAGUAUCUCAAACUCAAAGCAAGAUAUGAAGCAUUGCAGAGAUCACAAAGGAAUCUUCUAGGUGAGGAUCUUGGGCCAUUGAACAGCAAGGAUCUUGAAUCUCUUGAGAGGCAGCUUGACAUUUCACUGAAGCAUAUCAGAUCAACAAGGACUCAAAUGAUGUUAGAUCAACUCACAGAACUGCAGAGAAAGGAGCAUGCUCUAAAUGAUGCCAACAAGUGCUUGAAACAAAGGUUGAUGGAGGGAAACCAGCUAAAUUUGCAAUGGAACAAUCCAAACACGGCACAAGAAAUGGGAGGGUAUGGACGUCAACCAACUCAUGACCAUCAUCAUCAGGCUGAUCUCUUCUUUCAUCCUCUCCACUGUGAGCCCACAUUACACAUUGGGUACCCAAAUGACCCAAUAACAGUAGGAGAAGCAGGGCCAAGUUUGAAUAACUAUAUGCCUGCAGGAUGGUUUGCCUAAUUAUUAUUAUUAUUAUUAUUAUUAUUAUUAUUAUUAUUAUUAUUAUUAUUAUUAUUAUUACAUAAAUAUAUUUGAUGUUU